GUGGGACUUAUAGGAAUUGGGGAAUAUGGGAAUAUUAUCCCAGUUUGAAAACAUAUAAACAUAAUAACACGUAUUCAGUGGUUUGAUAGCGUCCUGCUUACUUGAAAAUUAAAAGAAUGAUUUCCAACCAAGAGUAAAGGACAAAUGGAGGUGGCGCGAAAGUGUUGACAUUUUGAAACGGGACGCGUCCAAAUGGAUUCUGGCCGCUCUUCAUAAUCACGACACCGCAACACGGAAAAAGUGGUAAGGAGGACCAGGAUACAAGUCAAUUACAGUCCCAACACUGCGUCAGACGAGGGGAAGAGGGAAGUGAAAUAAAUACGGUGCGUUUUUACUGUUUAGUGCACUUCAUUGGUGAACAGCUGCCGCCGCAGGCUCUCACGGACACCAUGGUUCCUCUGAUGAAAGUCGCUACGACUGAGCUACAAUGACCAGAGUGCUGUAGACGAGCGUAGGCUGCGUGGCUCCCUGCAACAAAUUCAGUGUUUCUAUUGUCUAAUAACUCCCCUUGAAUAUGGGGCAUCCUCCUCUGGAGUUCAGUGACUGCUAUCUGGACAGCCCGGACUUCAGAGAGACUCUCAAGAGUUAUGAAGUGGAGCUGGAGAGGACCAGCAAAUUCCUCAAAGAGUUGAUAAAAGAUGGCAACAGUGUGAUCACUGCAAUCAGAGGCUAUUCUUUGGCAAUACAGAAGUUCUCUCAGACUCUCCGCAUGUUCCAGUUCGACGUCAUCGGUGAAUCCCUGACAGAUGAUGAGAUUAACAUUGCUCAGUCCUUCCAGGAGUUUGCCGGCCUCCUGCAGGAAGUGGAGCACGACAGGAUGAUGCUGGUUCAGAACGCCUCCGAUCUGCUCAUCAAACCGCUGGAGAAGUUCAGAAAGGAGCAAAUUGGAGUUACAAAAGAAAAGAAAAAGAGGUUUGAGAAGGACAGUGAGAAAUAUCUCUCUCAGAUAGACAAACACCUGAAUCUGUCUGCCAAGAAGAAAGACAGUCAACUCCAAGAGGCUGACGAUCUCCUUGACAAAGAGCGAGUGAACUUCUGCGAGUCGUCGGUGGAUUAUGUGUACCAGAUCCAUCAGGUGCAGGACAGGAAGAAGUUUGAUGUGGUGGAGCCGGUGCUGGCGUUUCUUCACAGCGUCCUCACGCUCAACAACCUGACAGUGGAGAUGACCCAGGACUUCAUGCCUUACAAACAAGAGCUGCAGCUCAGCUUGCAGAACACGAGAAACCAUUAUGAGAGCACUCGUGAAGAGAUGGAGGAGCUGAUGAAGAGGAUGAAACGCCCGUCCCAGAUCCGUAAGAUGCACAGCUCCCUGCCCAUCGAGGGAUACCUGUACUGUCAGGAGAAGUGGGCUCUGGGUGUGUCCUGGGUCAAAUAUUACUGCAAAUAUUACAAGGAGGGAAGACAGCUGCUCAUGGUGCCGUGUGAACAGAAAACCACAGCCAAACAGGGCCCUACGCAGCUGACUUUAAAAUCCUGCAUCCGCCGGAAGACGGAGUCCAUAGACAAGCGCUUCUGCUUCGACGUGGAAACCAUCGAGAGAUACACCCCCGUCACUUUCCAAGCUCUUACGGAGGGAGACAGGAAGUUGUGGAUGGAGGCCAUGGACGGAAAAGAGCCUAUCUAUAAUUCCCCAAUUCACAAUCAAGCUGAAAUGGAACUGAAUGAAACAGGAUUCAAGUUUGUGCGAAAGUGCAUCAACUACAUUGAAACAAAAGGCAUUUCACAAGAAGGAGUAUACCGAACAGUUGGCAGCAACAUCCAAGUGCAGAAGCUUUUAAAUGCCUUCUUUGACCCCACACACCCAGGAGACGUGGAUUUCCACAGCAGUGAAAUGGAUGUUAAAACAAUCACAAGUGCACUGAAGUUUUAUCUGCGGAGCUUGUCUGAACCUCUGAUGACCUACAGUCUGCACAGAGACCUCAUAUGUGCUGCAAAGUCCGAUAAUCUUGAUACUCGGCUGAGUGAGAUUCAUUCUCUUUCCUACAAACUGCCAGAGAAGAAUCGGGAGAUGGUGGAGAUGCUUAUCAAACACUUGAUCAAUGUGUGCAGUCACAGUGACGAGAAUCGGAUGACCCCUUCAAACAUGGCGGUUAUCUUCGGCCCCACGCUGAUGAGAGCACAGGAGGAGACUGUGGCGGCCAUGUUGGAUAUCAAGUUCCAAAAUAUCGUCGUUGAAAUCCUGAUUGAAAACUGCAAAAAGAUCUUCAGCUAUGUGCCGGAGGACAGCACUGCCCCCCCAGUCCCUCCCCCACGCAUCACCCCGAGGAAGCGGCAACCCAUCACCAUCUCGAAGCGGCCACCUCGUGUUUUUCAAGCUCUUAGUCACGACCACUUUCACACUGAGAAUGGCCAGAAUGACAGCCCUAUUGCAGCUGUGGAUGUCUCCACCAACCCCGUCCCCCUGCAGAGGUCAAGACCCCUGGGCUGUGCUCCGCAGCUCCCCAGAGAUCCCCCUCCCAGACUGGCGCUGAUGCCCAGGCCAGGCAGCCGUCAGGACAAACACUCAGAGCCCGACGCUGGCAGGAUAGACGACACAAGACAAAGGCCCGAUUCUUCUGCGGCGGCAAAUGGGGAGUCUGGGGUCUAUGUGAGCAGAGAACCCUCGUUCCAGGGCAGAAAACUACCUACCAAAGGCAUGCCAGCCAACAGAGAAGCAGAUUUCGAUGGUCUGAUCAGGACAAGGUCCGCAGGGGGUCCCAUUUGCAGACCCCCCGUUAGGCCUCCUGAGCCCCCCUCCAGAUGCCCUGCUUCACUAAAGAUCCCGAGUGCAGCCAGCAGCGAGGCCCCAUCCUAUGUUGCCUCUAAAACCAAGUUUUUUGAGAAUGCCUCCAGGCAUGGCACCAGCCCGCCGGCUUCUCCAUCCUCAUCAACAAGUUCAAAUGGGAAAUAGAGAAUUAAAGUUGACGAGUUUUGGACCACAUCAUGUGACUUCUGCAUGUGCUGCUGGGUGCUGAUCCAGCUGGAGGGAGUCAUCACCAGCACUCUGAGGAAGUGGCUCUUAGGAACUGAGAGUGGUGUGUAAUGCAACAAAGAAGCAAAGGGAAUUUAGAAUGAGCUUGCAAAGUAAUCCUCUCAGUGUUUGAUUAUUAUUCCAAAGUUAGGAUGGAGUAAUAUUAUUGUUUUCCCCACGUUUCAUGCCACUUUACAAUUGUGUCAAAUAACAUUACAGUUUUUUGUUAUUUUACAGUGUUAAUGGAAGGAAACUAAUGGUUACAGCUUACUUAGACUAUAUGAUUAAGUAAGUUUAAUUUGAAAAUGCAAAAAUUAUUCUUAAUAUUAACUUUUAGAUUUUAUGAAUAUUGACCAUGUAGUGGUCUGUCAAGAAGCAAUGGAGUAAUUACUCCUUUCAAAGCUAUUUUAGUCUUUUAAAAUAAUAUUUAGAUUUAAUUAUGUGUGUCAUUCAGCCAUAAGUCACUUUUUAAGAGGCAUUACAAAAAGUAUUUUGCUACACACUGAGUGUAGUUUGAAUUUACACAAACUAGUGUACAUUCCCUUAAUUCUGACUCAGGGGAGUUUACCUUCUUCUGUUGCAACUCAAAUCAAUUGUUGGAGAAACAAAAAAUGUGAAUUAAGAAUUUGUUACAAUAUGUAUAAAAUAACACUCCAUAGUUUUAUUUGUUUCCGAAAUUAUAAUGUUAAUUUUACUGUUUUUUUAUAACCACACUUGAAAACUCUGGUUAGGUUUUUUUUUCACCUUGGAAAAUAAACAUGAAAAGUUUUAA